CAGAUAAUUUUCCUGAUUUAUCAAAAAAUAAAAUUCCAAAAAAACCCAUUAUUAAAGAAGAACCAGAUGUUGAAAAAAUAGAAGUAGAAUUUUCAGAAUUAAAUGUUGUUAAAGAGAUGAUAAGAAUAUUAAAGAGUAUGGAAGAUGAAAUGAAUAUUAAUAACUUUGAAGAUGGAAAUAAUUGGGAUCAAGUGAUACAAUAUUUUGAUUGGAGUAUAUUACUAAAUAAUUAUCAACAGAUGACACAAUUGUAUCGUAUGACAUUAUAUUAUAAAAAAAUGUUAGAAAGAGUUCCCGCGAAUCUACAAAUAACUUAUCAAUAUAUUCAAAAUAUAUUAAUAAUCAAUGAGAUUAAACCAUAUAAAAAAAAAGAAGACAUAAUAGUAAGAAAAUUAAAUCUUGUUAAAUGGAUGUUUCAACAAAUACAUGGUGGUUUUGUUGCGACUAAAAUAGUUGAUGAUGCAAAAAAUUUAUAUGAUAGAUGGAAUGUUUACAUUUUAUCUAAUAUAGAAGAUGAUAAUUAUUUUCAGUAUAAAAGUAAAACAGAAGAAUAUUUAGCAAUGAUAUUUGCAGAAUGGAUUAAAUAUAAUGUAGUGUCGGGAACAGAUUUACCACCUGGUAUUCCAGAUGCGAUUGCUGGAGCUCGUAGAAAAUGA